AUGUUGUAUAUAUAUUUUUCUAAAUAUAUUGUUUUAAAGGAUUUAAUCGAUGAUUUAAAAAGUGAACUUGGCGGUCAUUUUGAAGACGUCAUAGUCGCUCUAAUAAUGCCACCUACCGAAUAUUUAUGUCGUGAACUUAAUCGAGCUAUGGAUGGGGCAGGAACGGAUGAAGAAACUUUAAUUGAGAUUAUUUGCAGUAGAGAAAAUGGGGAGAUUUGUAAAAUUGUUGAUACAUACGAAAGCGUCUAUGAACGUCCUCUUACUGAACAUAUGUGCAGUGAAACCGGCGGUGAAUUGCGAAGACUCUUAACGUUGAUCUUAACGGGAACUCGUGAUGAUUCGAAAAUAAUCAAUGCGGAAGAGGCAAAAGAAAAAGCACAAGCUUUGUACGAAGCCGGCGAAGGUCGUUGGGGUACUCACGAAAGUACUUUUUCAGCGAUUUUGGCGCACGAAAAUUUCAAACAGCUUAGAUUAAUUUUUGAUGAGUAUAAAAAUAUUUCUGGAAAUACCAUCGAACAAGCGCUUAAACACGAAUUAGAUGGAGAUUAUUUGGAUGCUUUGUUAACAAUAGUUGAAUGUAUUCAAAGUCCACCGGCUUAUUUCGCUCAAAGACUGUACAAAGCAAUGCAUGGUUUAGGUACUGAUGAUAAAACUUUGAUUAGAAUAAUUGUGAGUCGAUCAGAAAUCGAUUUGGAGCAAAUCAAAGAAGAAUUUGAGAGGCAAUACAAUAAAACUUUAACUAGCUACGUUGAGCAGGGCGAAACGGGUGGUGAUUAUAAAAAAGCGUUAUUAGCUAUUAUUAAGUAAAGAAAUAUAUUUUAAAAGAAAAGCAACAAUAUAAAAAAGCUUCCUUUUAUAAAAAGUGUUUUAAAAAAUUCCAAAAACAAAUUUGAUGUCAAUUAGUUGAAAUUAAUUUUCAUUGUUUAAAUAUUUAAAACACUUUAUACGUAUAUUUAAAUAUAUAUUUUUGCAAUGGAUACGCUUUUGUAGUUGUUAACGUCUAUAAUCUAUUUAUUAUUAGAAUCUGAAAUAAAAAAAAAUUGGUCCAAAGUGAAA